UACCGAUUGAUUCGGGUUCCGGUAUUGCUGCGCUUUUAAUCAGCAGCCGGUCCGGUGAAGCUUUGGAUGAGUAACUUCUCAAGUUUAUUUUUAUACCGUGUCGCAGACGCGGCUUUAAAUCAAAUCAUAAACACGGACAGGUACCAGGCGUGCCUCUACUUCGCGGCCGUCUUCCAGGCCGUGGCGUGCGGCAUCCACUACCUGGCCUCCGUUUUCCUCGUCAACACGCCGAACUUCGUGUGCGCCGCGCCCGGCAACGUCACCGACGUCCUGUACCACAACCUGACGGCGCGCCGCGUGGAGGACGCGCUGCCGGCGCUCGGCUCCGCCGCCGGUCCCCUGGUGGCGCGCACGGCCGCCGGCGAGCAGUGGGAGCUGAGCCGGUGCCGCCGCGCGCUGCGCGUCGCCCCCGAGGGCUUCGCGUACGACUUCGACGGCAACAAGUCGGUGCGCGCGUGCGAGGGCGGCUUCGUGUACGACCACGCGGAGGUGGAGCGGAGCAUCGUGACCGACUGGGACCUGGUGUGUGAGAGAGAGUGGCUGGCCAAGCUGUGCCAGCCCACCUUCAUGCUGGGGGUGCUGGUGGGGGCGCUGCUGUUCGGGGACGUUGCCGACAGACUCGGCCGCGUGAGGAUCCUGAUGUUCACCAGCGUGUGUCAGUUCGGCCUCGGCGCGGCCGUCGCCUUCUCCCCCAACUACUACGUCUUUGUGCUGCUGCGCUUCCUCCUCGCCAUGGCGUCCAGCGGGUACCUGGUGGUGGUGUUCGUCUACGUCACGGAGUUCACCGGCAUCAAAGUGCGCACGUGGACCUCCAUGCACGUGCACGCAGCCUUUGCCGUGGGCAUCAUGACCGUGGCGCUGGUGGGCUACCUGGUCCGCGUGUGGUGGCUCUACCAGCUCAUCCUCUCCCUCUGCACCUCCCCCUUCCUGCUCUUCUGCUGGAAGUUCCCCGAGACGCCCUUCUACCUCAUGGCCAAGCGCCGCUACAAGGACGCGCAGGCGCUGCUGGACGACAUCGGCCGCUUCAACGGCCUCGACUGCCGGCUGAAGGCGGAGGAGCUCCUGGAGCCGGAGGAGCGUGGCGGCGCCGGCGGGGGCGGGGACCUGGUGGAGCGGCGCUCGGAGGCGGCGCCGGAGAAGAAGCUGACCAUCCUGGACCUGUUCGGCAGCUGGAGGAUGGCGGGGCGCACGUGCACGGUGUGGGCCAUCUGGUUCGUGGGCAGCCUGGGCUACUACGUCUUCUCCCUGGGGGCCGUCAACCUGGGAGGAAACCAGUACAUGAACCUCUUCAUAGCCGGUGCCGUGGAGCUCCCGUCUUAUCUGAUCGGGUGCAUCGCGAUGGACAGGAUCGGCAGGAAGAUGACGUGUGGCCCCGCUCUCCUUCUGGCUGGAGUCGCCUGUAUGCUCAUCAUCGUGGUCCCUGCUGACGCUGACAUAGUGGUGGUUGCGCUCAGCAUGACGGGCAAGUUCGCCAUCGCCAUCGCCUUUGGCCUCGUCUACCUGUACACCUGCGAGCUCUACCCGACCAUCAUCAGGAGUCUGGCUGUGGGCAGUGGCAGCAUGAUGUGCCGCGUUGGCAGUGUGGUGGCUCCAUUCUGCGUGCACCUGGCGGACGUCUGGGUCUACCUACCUCAGCUGAUUGUGGGAAUCCUAGCCUUGGUUAUCGGCGUGCUAACGUUUUUACUACCCGAGACCCUGGGCAGACCCCUGACCACCACGCUGGAGGAGGCUGAAGCUCUGGGACGCAAGCCCAGCAAGACGGACGGGGUGGAGAUGAACCAGCAUGAAGUGAAAGCCUGAGCUGUACACAUACGGUACCACCAACUCUGAAACCUUCACAUCGGUUGUUGAUUAAUUUGAACAGUUUGUUCUGCAGUGGGACCAGUUGUUUAAUCUCGUAGGUCCUCAGACAUUCUGCAAGUAGACAGAACCAAUUCGUCACGGAGUGAAGGUCUUGGUACACAACAGAAGUCACACUAGACAAACUAUUUUUGCAAAAGCCUCCAAACCACUUUAUUUGAUAGAAGUCCAUCCAGCGUUGAUUUUUAAAUGUCGCUGAACUGAGCGGCUCUUUAAAACCAUAUCUCAUCUGCCUGCUGGCAAAUAACUUGGGUUAUUGCUAAUAGUCGCAUGAUGGACAAUAGAAUGAAAACAAGUCUUCAGUGAAACAGAUAAGUUAUCACGAUCUGCUGAACUGCACUUUAAUAACUCUAAAAUAACCACGUCGGGACUGUCCUUCCUUAUCUUACAUGGUGCAGCGUGUCCUUCAUAGAAGCAAUUAGAUUAGAGUCAGAAGCAAGAAGUGCCUUUUUGUAAUUGAAAGCUACCUUGUCCUUUUUUUCCAACAUUUUUAUCUCAGGGCAUCCACUUUUACAAAUCACUGUGAAAUCAUAGGAAAAUAUUUAAAUUUAAUAAAAAGGCUUUAACCCUUUAAUCUAGUGAGUGUGUGUCAGUAAUACUAAAGUAAGUUCAUGCAGGUAAAGAACAUGUGAAGUAACGUAGUAUUACUGUUGAGCGAUGACCUGAUUUCUAGUUGUUCGGACCAAACACAGGAAUGAAUCACAGCAUGGUUUUCUUGCACGUCACUUUACCCUGUGUUUCUUUUAAUCUGAAGAAGCACAAACAUUCAUGACGACGAACUUUUUUACUAGCGGUGAUAAAACUUGGCCAGCUUCACUGUUCGAACGAAGUCAUUAUGUUUUGUAUGAAACCGUUCUGUUAUUUUAAGAAGUGACUGGUGCUGAAAUGGGCCGCUUCACUGCUACAGCACACAUCUUCGUCUUGUUUGAGUAUUUGCUGUGAUGGUGAUACUGAGAAAUUGGAUCCUAUAAUAAAGCUGAUUUGAUAAACAA